AUGGACGCCUACACGUCAUUGUUGAACCUGAACUUCAUGUCGGCCUGGCGAACAGGCAACAGCCUGAUUGAUAUGGUCAUUGCCAUUACCAUUCCUCUUCUGUCAAACUGGGUGGCAAGGUUCUUCUCCGUCACUUGGCCUGAGUUUGUGAGGACAUUGCUUCACUGGUACCUACCUAAAAAGGUGCAGGUAAAAAUUCAGCACGGUCUGGCCGAUCGAUAUCAGCGGGCGGUGGAUUUGACGGAAGGGUCUGUGCUGCAGGAGGCUGUCGAGCGAUACAUCAGCAGUCAGGUGAAGCCUUUCUACUCAAAUGGGGAGUUUGUGUACAGUAUGGUGUCACCCAGCGAUGGACCCGAAAAAAAGACCAUGGCGCAGUUAUUGGAGGAGAACUUUAAGCUUUUCUGUCGGCCCAUGAAAGAGAGUGUUAAUCUAGGGAACGGCAUGUUUAUUCGCAUUUGGGAAUCUGAGGAUAAGGAGCCUGAAAAAUCAGAGGGGGCCGUGAACAACGGCCACAGAGGGAGGGGGCAGGAGAAGCAAACAAGGUCCAAUCUGCGAGAGAUUGUCUUUACGGAAAACUCAGGAGGCCGCACUGAGGGCGACGAAGUGUUAACAUUUACACGGGCUGCGUUUGAGUGGUACGUGCAGAGCUUGGAGACGGUAUCGAGCCGGAAACGCUACCUCUACCAGCCUCUGCGAGGAACAGCCUCCUUUGAAGAGGUGCAUGGUGAACUGACGAAGGUUGUGCGCUACCCGCUGUACGACCUGAAGUCAUUUAACUCCCUCUUCUUUCCUGAGAAGGAGAAGCUUAUAGCGCUGCUUGAACAGUUUGAAAACAAAACUGGCAAGUUUGCCGUGCCCGGCUUUCCUCAUAAACUCAUCUUGCUGCUCCACGGGCCACCUGGCACAGGCAAGACAAGCCUUGUCAAGGCUAUGGCACAAUACACGGGGCGCCACAUUUUCUCUGUCCCUCUUGCGCAGGUGCGCACCAAUCACGAGCUUAUAUCCUGCAUGCAUGACCAGCUCUUUGAGGUGAGCAACGAGCGCCAGUACUGGAGGGUGUCACUCCGCCCAGAGAACGUCAUCUAUCUCCUAGAAGACGCUGAUGCCACCUCCGACGUUAUGCUUAAAAGUAAGGAGAAGGAAGCAACGACGAAGACUCAAGGCAAAAGACUUCUUCGCCCACAAAUGGACGCACUUAGUACAAAAGGACUGUUAGAGGCCUUUGGUGGAAUUCUUGAUACCCCAAAGCGCAUAAUUGUGAUGACCACAAAUCAUAUCGAUAGACUAGAUAGUGCUAUUAUUCGCCCAGGUUUUGUCACAAUGCGAUUGUACAUGGGGAAUUUCACGACGGAAUACGCAGUGCAGAUGGUCAGGCAUUACUACGGGCCUGAGGCAGCCACAGAUGAGCGCCUGGAGUGUCUGAAGGAGGUUUUGCAGCGGGCUAGUGAGACGGCGAUUUAUUUUAGUCCCUCCGAGCUGGAGCAGCUUUGUGCAGAGUAUGACGAUAUCGAAGAUCUCAUUGAGGUGCUGAAGAAUGGAAGUCGAGAACAGAUGUUCUAA